CGGAGACGAGUCCGGAGCUCACUCUCACACACACUCAGCGUUGCUAGUGAGAUGUGUGUCUCGAUCGGCAGCGGAUUUAUCAACAAACCUGCAGACAGAGUGAAGUCACAUCUGGAUUCUUCCUCAUUCUGGAUGGACUGUUUCCCGCGGACAAGCCGAAAAAUGUCUCAUGCUUUGAAUACUUGAGGAGUGACGACAACUUUCCUCUUUCCGGACUUCACUGGAGGGAAAAAGGGGAGUGCAUGCAGUGGAUUUUACAAUGCAAACAGAUCAAUCCAGCCAUCGGGAUUAGCAGUUUUUAAACACGAGGUGUCUGCAGCAGGGGAGGGGGGGACACCCAGCGAUGUGGUCUGCGGAGAUGCGGGCUUUGCCGAGCUUCAUGUCCGCGGAUGAUGCAGCUCAGUCGGGCUGCGCACGGUGCCUUUGGGUGGCUGUGAUUGGACCGGACACGGACUGGGGCUGACUGAUGUUUGUUCGAGAGGAAAUGUUUUGGGGAGGAGAUCGAUAUGAGUUACUGGCGCACGCGAGGUGGGGGGGAGAUGCCAGUCUUCACGAGCACACCUAUAACUCUGAGGACGGAGGUAAACGUGCAGACAGAGGGAUUUUAAUGUGCUGGAUUUCACAUGAGGCAUGUCAGACUUUACCGUGUAUUUAAUGUGGUGUGUUCUGAAGCCUUUGCAGACUGUUGGAAGAUUUUUACAAGUGGAUAUGGAUCAUGUUUGCUCUUGCACUAAAGUUUCCCCUCUUUUUGACUAUCAUGCAUGGGACUUUCUUCACUAUUGCAACAUUUUCCCUCCUUUUUUGGACUCUUAACAACUUGGACUUUCCCUCUGAAAUACAGCUGAAGUAUGGGACAAUAUUUUAAAGCUAAAAACACCCAGCCUUAGUGUAAAAUGCAUUCACAAAUACCCGGAAACAUGGCAGUUAACUGGGUUGUGUAUUCAGUUUUUUUACUCCCACUGUUUGCUGUAGGGACAGCCUUCUCGGGGGUCUUCAACACCACCGACAGAGACAUUUUCAUGGACGAUUUGCUGCAGGUCAGGCUUACAGAAAACAGAGCUGCCGAGCAGUGGAAACUCCAGUCUACUGAUUCCCAUCCCAACCUGUAUUUUAACCAAGUGGAUGUGUUGCACUUGAGGCAAAGGUCCUCCACCACCCACAGUCACAUAUUUAAAGUCAUCCGGGCUGCUGCGCUCACCAUGCUUUCUAAUGCUCCCUUCUACAUGCCCCCUGCCAAACAUGCUGAGUUUACAAGCAAGUGGAAUGAGAUUUAUGGGAACAACCUGCCUCCCCUGGCGCUCUACUGCCUGUUGUGCCCAGAGGACUCUGCCGCCCUGCAGUUUCUUAUCAAGUUUAUGGAUAGGAUGGCUGCAUACCCGGAUUGGAAGGUGACCAGCGCUCCUAACGACGAGGUCCCCAUGGCACACUCUCUCACUGGCUUUGCAACUGCUUAUGACUUUAUUUACUCCUACUUGGAUGCACAGAGGAGGGAUGUUUAUCUAAAGAAAAUCCGGUCUGAGACAGAGGAGCUGUAUGAGCUGUCAAAGUACAGAGGGUGGGGGAAACAGUACCUCCAAAAUCACCAAACCACAAACAUAUUAGCUAUUCUAACUGGUGCAUUAGUGGUUGGGUCACACGAGGACCCAGAGACGAUGAUCUGGAAACAAGUGGCGGUGAACUACAUGGAGAAAACUAUGUUCCUCCUCAAUCAUGUGGUCGAUGGCUCUCUUGAUGAAGGGGUAGCAUAUGGGAGCUACACAGCCAAGUCCAUCACACAGUACGUCUUUUUAGCUCAGCGCCACUUCAACAUUGACAACACGCACAACAACUGGCUGCAGGGACACUUCUGGUUUUACUACGCCACUCUUCUACCGGGGUUUCAGAGAACUGUCGGGAUAGCAGACUCCAACUACAACUGGUUUUAUGGGCCAGAGAGCCAGCUUGUUUUCUUGGACACAUAUGUCAUGAGGAACGGAACGGGGAACUGGCUGGCUCAACAAAUUAGAAAGCACCGACCCAAGGACGGUCCCAUGGGGCAGUCGUCAGCCCAGCGCUGGGCUACACUUCACACAGAGUACAUAUGGUACAACAACCACCUCACGCCGCAGCCUCCGCGUGACUUUGGCAAAGCUAAAAUGCACAUUUUCUCAAACUGGGGUGUGGUAACCUAUGGAGCAGGGCUGCCAAACGGACAAGGGAAUACUUUUGUGUCUUUUAAGUCUGGCAAGCUGGGUGGCCGUGCCGUUUACGACAUCGUCCAUGACAAGCCUUACUCCUGGGUUGAAGGCUGGAACAGCUUCAACCCAGGGCACGAGCACCCUGAUCAGAACUCUUUCACUUUUGCUCCUAAUGGACAAGUUUUUGUGUCCGAAGCACUUUAUGGACCAAAGUACAGCUAUCUUAACAAUGUCUUAGUGUUCAGCCCGUCUCCAACCAGUCAGUGCAACACUCCGUGGGAGGGUCAGUUAGGGGAGUGCGCCAAGUGGUUGCGCUGGACUGAUGAGGGUGUAGGUGAUUCCAGAGGGGAGGUGAUCGUCGCCACCUCACACAGGGACACUAUGUUUGUAAGCGGGGAGGCCGUGUCGGCGUACUCCCCCGCCAUGAGGCUAAAGAGCGUCUUCAGAGCUUUGGUCCUGCUCAACUCUCAGACUCUUCUGGUGCUCGAUCACGUGGAAAAGUGGAGCGACUCGCCUGUCAAGUCUCUCAGCGCCUUCUUCCACAAUCUGGACAUUGAUUUUAAAUACGUUCCCUUCAGAUUCAUGGACAGAUACAACGGCGCCAUGAUGGACGUGUGGGACGCCCAUUAUAAAAUGUUCUGGUUCGACAGCCAGGGUCACAGCCCUGACACCAGGAUUCAGGAGGCCGAGCAGGCGGCCGAGUUUAAAAAGAGGUGGACGCAGUAUGUCAAUGUCACUUUCCCAAUGACAGGCACAGUCAGCAGAGUAGCUUAUGUUUUACACGGGCCAUAUGUCAAAGUGUCCAACUGUAGAUUUGUGGAUAACAGCAAAAAUGGGGUGAGACUUUCUCUAACUAUAAAUAACACAGAGAGGAUAGUCUCUAUUGCUACAAACUAUAAAGACAUAGGAGCAAGGCUGUCUUAUUUAGGGUUUGGAGGGCAUUGUAAAGUUGAAGAUAGGUAUCAAAUUACUCGAUUCGGCCUUGGGACUCAGCUCAUCCCCAAACAAAUCAGCAGUGAUAAUCAGCUCUUUGACUUCAGCUUCACUGUCAAUGUGAUCGCCGGGGUUGUUCUCUGUGUGGCCAUUGGAUUUCUGACCAUGCAGAGAAAGUUUUAUGUCUGCUUCAGCAGGCUGAUGCGCUACGCCCUCCUCUCUGUGCUCAUUCUGUGGAUUGCUGAGCUGCUGUUUGUGUCUAACAGCUGCGAUCAGCUUCUCUGUGGGGUAAAAUGGAAAGGUGCGGGUGCCAAAAGCGAAGUAAACAAACAAAUCAGACUCUACGAGCAGCACCGGCUCCCGCUCCCCACCGUUGUCAUAACAACCCUUCCAGGAUCAGGCUCGGAAAUACUCAAGCACCUUUUCUACAACAGCUCAGACUUUGUUUACAUCCGAGUUCCCACCGAACACGUGGACAUUCCUGAGACUGAGUUCGAGUUUGACUCUCUGGUAGACGCCUGCGAGUGGUCAAGGUCGGACGCCGUGCACGGGCGGUUUAAGAUUAUUCAAGGCUGGCUGCACUCGCUCGUCCACAACACCAAGCUGCACUUGCAGAACAUUCAGCUGGUGGAGGGCGGGAGGGUCAAACAGCCUCUGAGAGUGACCCCCUCUAGGGACAGAAAGAAAAGGUCCAGGAGGAGAGAGCCAGCGUCGGAGCUGAAGGGCAAACUCAGAGCCAGCUUGGACAGAGAUGCCGAGUACGUCCGGGAGAUGAGACGCCAUGUUGCGGAGUACCCGGACGCCCGGGUGGUCCUCAACAUGAGGAGUGGGAGCUGGGCGCUCAAACUUCCUUUCCUUCAGGAAGUUGUUGGACCUUCUUUGAGGACGAUCUACUUGGUAAGAGACCCUCGAGCGUGGAUUUAUCUCAUGGUUUAUAACAGCAAACCCAGCCUUUACUCCCUUAAAAACAUCCCGCAGCACCUUUCCUUGAUAUUCAAGGAGGACGUCGUCAGAGACGGGUGCCCAACCGUGGCGCCAGAGUUUAAAGUAAUCCAGAGACUGCUGUCCCAUUUGGAGACAAACCCCAUCCUCAUUCUGGCUCAUCUGUGGCUCGCUCACACUGCAGCAGUGCUGAGGGUAAGCGAAAGCCUCCCUGAGGAGUCUUACCUCCAAGUGAGGUUUGAGGACGUGGUCAACUUCCCGCAGGAGACGGCGGAGACCAUUCACACAUUCUUGGGGGUGCCUGUUUCACCCGCAGCCCUCAACCAGCUUAUUUUCACCACCUCCACAAACCUGUACAACCUAAUGUAUGAGGGAGACAUCUCACCAGCCAACAUUAACAUGUGGAGGCAGAAUAUGCCCCGAAAGGAUGUCAGACUAAUAGAGGACAUAUGUGGGGGUGUGAUGAAGAGGCUGGGCUACACCAGGUUUGGUAGUUAACUUUACUGCUGCUGGUCAGCUGACAUCACUGCAAAAACUCCAAUCUAAGCAGGAUUUGUCUAAUAACACUAUAAGUAAGCCAAAUUCACCUAACAAGUCCAUACAAACAUUUUCUUUCAACAUAGAUAAGCAUAAAAGAAGGCCUAAGUGAACAAUUUGCUAAAGGGUCAAAACAAAUUUUUAAAUGGUUUGUUUUCUUGAUACAAGCAAUUCAGGCCUUUUCCCUCCUGGAAACAUGUAAGGACAUAUUUUGGCAUGGAUUGAGACAAAUAUACUUGCUCAGAUUUGGGUUUUGCAGUAUGGACACUUGAAAAACUCAAAUCUUACACGUGUAUAAGCCUACUUUUAAUCGGGAAUAUCCCAUUACACUAAUUAUAAGCUAUAUUCAUGUAAUUAGUCCUUAUAAAGGUCUUAUUUCAGACAUAAAAUGCAAACAAUAAUGCUUGAAUUGCAUGUAAAAAGUAAAUAUAUUGAUAAAAGAUAUACCUAUUAGAUUGUAUGUCUCUUCAGGUGUGAUUCAGCUUUGCAUUGUUGAAAUAAGAUGUUUUAUGUUGACAUUAUAUAAGGAAGUGGCUUAUAUGUAGUGUAGCAGAUAUUUUAGACCAGGGGUGUCAAAAUCAAUCAGAGCAGGGGCUGGAUAAAAUACGAAAAAAAAAAACCCAGCACUGAUGAUAAAUCAUUUGGAAAUUCAAAAAGUAAGAAUAAUAAGUUUAAAGGCUCAAAUCUGAGAUAUAAAUUCAAACUUAUUAGUUCAAAAGA